AUCUCGGUUGGGAUUUUUAUGACUCAUACCAGUUUCGUUUUCAUUUAGUGAUAAACUAUCGCAAAUUUCUUUCUGAAGUAUACGAGCAAAACGUAUGAAAAUAAAUAUGUUUUAUGCACUUAUUCUGUUUGUGUUGUUGUUUUUGUGUUUGUUUGGGGUGCAAGGAAUGACGCGGAUUUAUUGUCCAGAUGAAGGCAGGUCCGCCAACGGAUUCUGGGUUUUCCAUUACAAAGAAGGAGCCCCAAGAUGUGUUCUAAAAUGCGACGAAGGAUUCGAGCCGGAUGGAUGUCAUGUGUUGCGGAGAAUAAAACCUGACACGUGGAACCAUGAGAUACCACACUGCGUCAAUAGUAACAGUUUGUCAGAAUACCGGCUACCAUGGAAAACUUUGGCUAAAGCAGGAGUAGCGGUCGCUGCAGGGGCUGGUGCUGUGGCGGCUGCUCCGGUUGUGCUGUCAGCAGUGGGAUUCACUUCCGCCGGGGUGGCUGCCGGUUCUAUCGCAGCCGGGUUACAGGCGAGUGUUAUUGUCGUUGUGUUGAAAGACAUGAAAUUAAACCUGUUUCACUUGAUUUAGUUUAUCGUAAUUGUA